ACCAGCCUUCAUUCCCAUUGGAUGCAGGUCAGAAAGCCAACUUAAAGAGUUCAUUCUUAUAUGAAGGUCUAGAGCUACAUUCUUCCAGUCUCUGUGACCAGGCAGUACCACUAAGGUCCAGCUCUUCUGAUAUCUCUGCAUUAGGAACAGCGAUCACAAUGAUAUUACAGAAUCUUGUGAUUUGUUGCUGUCUUCUGGUUGCUAAUCUGCAUGCUACUGGCUCAGUCACUGAGACGUGCCGAACGGCCUGGUUCGAUGACAGCGAUGUCACCACCCAGGGGGACUCCGAGCUCCUGCAUGACCUCAGGAGGACUCACCGCAGUGGCAUCUGUCCAGACCCGCUGAACAUGGAGGCCCAGACCGUUUCUGGCAUCAAGUCCUAUCAUACCAAGAACACCUUCCACAGGUAUAACGUCUCGGAGGGGUUCGAGUGCCUCAAUUCGGAGCAGGGAACGAGGGCGUGUGAGGAUUACAAAGUCAUGUUCACCUGUUCGGGCCAGUUCUGUUCAGAGUGUCGGACACGCUGGUUUGACUUUGAUGACCCCACUGGGAAUGGGGACUACGAGGUGCUGACUGAGCUCCUGACCGUGUACCCUCGACACAUCUGCCCCCAGCCGAUAGCCAUCGAGGCCCAAACCUUGUCUGGGGAGCCUGCCUCCAACACCGGGGACACUUUCCUGAUCUAUGAUGCCACCUAUGGGUUUGCCUGUGUAAAUUCAGAUCAGAGAUCUGGAAAAUGUAAAGACUACAGGGUUCGUUUUACCUGCUCAACAGAGUUUUGCUCUGUGCCCACCGAAUGCCGGACGAGGUGGCUGAGCAGCGAUGAUCCGGGCGGGGAGGGGGACGUGGAGUCCAUCCCCCAGCUGCUGCAGAAGUUUCCGGGCCAGGUGUGCAGGAACCCCAUCAGCAUCGCAGCCCAGACGGAGUACGGCAUCGCGGCAGAGCACACAGGAGACACCUACCUCUCUUAUGAUGUCAUGUUUGGAUUUGUCUGCAUCAACUCUGAGCAAAGGUCUGGACAAUGCAAGAACUACCAAGUGAUGCUGACCUGUCCUUCAGACUUCUGCCAAGGGUGCAGGACACGAUGGUUCGACAUGGACAACCCCACGGGUCGCGGCGAUUAUGAGACUGUUCUACAGCUGCAGAGAAUGCACCACGGAGAGAUCUGCUCCCAGCCAAUCGGAAUCGAAGCCAUUACCGUCUCCGGGACCCCGGCCAUGGAGACAGGAGACACCUUCCUAGUGUAUGACGCCACUCACGGGUUUGCCUGCGUGAACGGGCAGCAGCGGGGGGGCCUCUGCCAGGACUACCAGGUCCGGUUCACCUGCCCCCUCCACUUCUGCAGACAGAACCCGCAAUCCAAAUGAAGAGGGGCAGCAGAACCUGGCCAUGCCCCCUUCACUCCCCACAGGGGCCCAAAUGCUUUAACCACUGUGAAACAGUGAUUGCUUUCGCAAGUUAUAACCACACAGUAUAUCUAUCCCUAGAUGAUUCUGUACACUGAUAUAUGUUUUGUACCAUUGUUCUCGAUGAUUGACAGAUAUUUAGGUUAAACAGAAAGAUAUUUAUUAGCCAUGUCUGUUAUCAGUGUGUGUACUGUGUGUGUGUGUGUGUGUGCUGGCUAUGAAUGUGACGCAGGCCUCUGAAUAAGUCUUAACUGUACAGACAGAGAUGUGAUGAACACCCAAGGGACUUGCAUACUCUGAAAAAAAGUGGAACAUCCUCUAAAAGAGAACAAUUGGUAAGAUGUCUGCCAAGAAAAAAUAUUUGCCAACAUUUUUCCAAACAUCAGGACAAUUGUUCUCUUUUUGAGGAUAUUCCCUGUGUCAAGCAGCUUGUGAGUCCUCUCCCCUCUCCAGGUUCAUUCAAUUCUGAGUAAAUGCAGGCUUAUUCCAUACAUGUGAUGAUACUAAAUAAAUGUCAUUGAUGUGCA